AUGUCACAUGCUUACGAUCCCAUAAAUACCUCUCCCCAAAUCGAAAUGACCAAUGCCACACCCACCAGCACAUUCCGACCCUCUCCACCCACCCAAACCUCCAGUAGCAAUCUUUCCCACUCCAACAGUGCGGCCACCUUACUUCCACACGAGCAAAACUAUUCACAUUUCGAAAGUCAUUUUCAUAAACCCGAACAAUCCUAUACCACCGUGCCUUAUAAACCCAAGACCGGAAAACAAUUUUGGCAUAUCUUGUUGAAAAGUUUGGCAAGAUGGUUGAUCACGCUGGUUUUGUGUAUUGCUUAUUUAUUGGCGUUGAGGGUUUGGAAUAAGAAGGGUACGGUGACGGAAGCUUCUAAGAGGAUUUUCAAUGCCAUUACCACGGGCAUUAGUAUUGCUCUGGGUAUCAAUAUCGCUACUUCGUUGAAGGAUAUGGCGUUGAAUGCGCGUUGGGCAAUUCUACAUGCUAGGAAGAGAAAUCUUUAUGAACUUGAUCUUACUUUACAUGCGGACAGUUUGAUGGAUCUUGGAAAAUUGGCGUUUGUUUCGAAGCGACCGAUGGUUUUCGGUAUGGCUAUUUCGUGGUUGAUAUUCAAUCUCUUUGUACAAGCAGCUAUUGCAGCUAUUAGUCUAACAUAUGGUUUCGAUACCAGCACAGAGAGUUAUCUAUUCACACCCGGCAAUGUCAUGGUUCCAGAUAUGACACAUCUCUCCAACACCUCCAACCCUCACUUUGAAGAUGAAGAAAUCACAGCUCACGCUUAUGGGGGUUUAGCUUGGAAUUUCGGAAUUGGCAGCUCGAUUGAAGACCUUCCAUCCCAAGGGGACAUCUACCAAGGACUCAUCAGCAACUAUAGCAUAUGGCAAGACCAACCUAACAACAAAAUGGUCUUCGUAUUCACUGAAUCUUCCUCUGCGUCCACCCAAAAAACCGGUUCGUUAAGCGUCUACACCAAGCGAAUUCUCGAAAUGCAUUACUCCUGUUCAUCUUACAAAGUCACGCACUUUAACGACACAAACGGUUUUUUCAACACCAGCAACCCGGACAUCAAUCCCGUGUAUUUAAGUUCCUGGGCCCCAAACGCCACCACCUUCUUCGCCGAAGGCGACUAUCUCUGUCCGGACAAUACUCCCCGCUGUUCCGUCAUUCAAGCCCUCGAAACCAGCGACACCGAUACGGAAUGGUACUACACCUGCAACAUAACCUUGUCAAAAACCCUCAACGACGACAAAAACAUCUCCUACAUCAGCGACGCCAUGUCGUGGGUUUCCGCCGCCGCCAUCGCAAACACCGGAUACAUCUACGGCGCGAGUUCCCAACAAACGUCAUCCUACCCACAGAAAACCAUCUGGGGCACCCCCAUGCACGGCAACGCCUCUCGCAUCGGAACCCAGAUCACCGCCUUCGGACUAACCUCGCUCUCGCUCGCCGCAGCCUUCAACCCCUCUAUCUCGCACCCCGGACUCGAGCCGCACACGGGCUUCGCGCUCUCGAUAAACCAUUCGUUUUUUUUCCUGCUCAUCGUGUUUCUCAUCCCGCUCGUGCAGUUUGUCAUGUGUUUUGUGGUGGCGGUGUGGAGUAACUCUGUGCAGGUGGGCGAUGAUGCGUAUAUCGAGAUGAGUUUGCUGUUGAGACCGAUUGCGGAUGCGCUUUUUGGGGUGAGUGGCGGAGUGGAUAAUAGGGCGUUUAGGGAGGCGAAGAAAAGGGUUUUGGUGAGGUAUGAGAGGGGGGUGGAUGGGAGGUGGGGGUUUGCUAUGAGUUGA